CUUGCUUCUGACCAGCAGCUGCUGAUAGAGGGCGACAUGAAAACUAAUCAAAACAAAUCCCAACAAAUUAUAAGAAAAAUGUUCACAUUUGUAGUUUAUUUACUGAUGAUUGUCGCUAUUUUUGAACAGGCGACUUCAGCACUUGAACAUGGUGUUCUGACUGUAAAACGAUCUACUGCUGUGGACGAAAAUCAAAGUGAACACUUCUGUAUUGCUUACAAUCCAGAUAACACCACUUUACCCAAGGAAAACUCAUUUCACCCACUGUUGGACCUGAGUUCAUCCAGUUUGUGCAAAGAUCCUGUUCAACCUGGAAUUAUUAAGGGAAAAGUUGUCAUAGUGAAGAAUGGUAAUUGUAGUUUACUGGAGAAAUCUCUUAUUGCACAAAAAUAUGGAGCGGAUUCAAUCAUCAUUUCUGUUAAUGGAUCACAAAAAAUGAAGUUUAAUGGAUCGGAGGUACUACAAAUCUCUGUUGCUAUUAUACUUGAUGAUGAUGUCAAAUUAAUCAAGAAGGGUGAAGAGAAUUUGGUUGCAAGUUUGUCUGCACCUGAUCAACCAAUCCUUGAUUACAAUAUGGCUUUGAUAUGGAUAAUGGCAACAGGAACGGCUAUUGGGGGUGCAUUGUGGGGUGGAACAAGAGCACAUAAAGCUGUGUUACGGAAGAAAAACAAGCAGCGUAGAAGAGCAGAGACAGUGGAGGAUGAACAGACGAACAAUGAUGAUGCUGAUUCUGAUGAUAGCGUGCCAAUUACUUCCAUGUUUGUUAUAAUUUGGGUCUUCAUGAUUGUCAUUGUUCUUUUACUCAUGUUUUUCUUGUACGAUUAUUUUGUGUAUGUUAUCAUUGCACUCUACUGUUUGGGAGCUGUUAAUGGGCUGUACAUUUGCCUGUCACCAUUUGUUUUAGCUAUAUUUCCAUUUAAAACAAGAAUAGUUUGCUGUAGUGCAUCAGAUAAGAUGAGGCCUCUGGUUGUGAGUGUGGUCUUGGUAGCAGUCUGUGCUUCAUUUGUAGUGAUAUGGUUCUGUUUUCGUCAUGCUGACUUUGCAUGGAUAUUGUUGGAUAUGAUGGGAAUAGCGUUUUGUAUUAGUAUCCUAAAAACCAUACGCCUCAGUGAUUUUAAGACUUGUUUUCUUCUCCUGUCUUUGUUGUUCUUUUAUGACAUUUUCAUGGUUUUUGUAACACCAUACAUCACAAAGAGUGGUGAAAGUAUAAUGGUUGAAGUAGCAACUGGUUCAGGAGGAACUAAAGAACAGAUUCCAGUGCUGUUACAGGUCCCCCGUCUAUGUACAUCUGUUUACUCAGUGUGUAAUGCGACUGCCUACUCAAUGCUGGGUUUUGGUGAUAUAUUGAUACCAGGUUUGCUUAUAAGUCACUGUUAUGCAUUUGACCUUAAAGUGAACAGCAAACGGAUUUACUUAAUCUCGACCAGCAUUGCUUAUGGAACUGGUCUCCUCAUCACCUUCGCUGCUCUAGCUGUAAUGCAGAUGGGUCAACCAGCUUUAUUGUAUCUUGUUCCGACAACUGUUGGAACAGCGUUAACAGUAGCAAUGAUCAGAGGGGAGGUUAGACAUUUAUGGAAUGGCAAUUUGGAUAAAAAAGAUGAAGGUGAUACAGUUGAUGUGGGUACAGUGACAAGUAGUUCAGCAUCCCGAGUGACCGAAGAAGGUCAUGUGACCUGUCAUAAAAGAAAUAAUGGAAGCAACGAGAGCUUGGAACCACUGAUGGAGUCAGAAGUUGUCAAUGUGAAUUGAAGAGAAUGUUGGUUUCCUUUGUUCCCCUUACCAUGAACCAUACACAUUAGGGGCAUUCCAGUACUUCCAGUAGCUUUAGUACUUUCAACCAGAAUAUAAUUUUUGGAAUGUGAAAAUUGGAAUUAUUGUUAAAGUGUACUGCUGCCUUUUCUCUUUCACUGGCUUAUUUAGGUUAGAUAGAGAAUGUAUUUUACCUAAAGUUACUAAUAAUAAUAUUGUAGAUAUUUAUAAAGUGGCAUUUAAAUGUCUGGGUGAGUAUCAUCCCCCCUGCUUGUUAAUGGUGGAAAAGCUGUGUAAAGUGAUUUUUAAUGUUGAUUUGCUAUUUUAUCUAGUCUUCUUUAAUUAUUGCAAACAGUAUAAUCAGUAAGGUACCAUUUUUCAAUUAUGAUUUUGAUUGAAGCAAUAGAAAUUUAUUGUUUAAUGUGGAUUGCUCUUUGACUAUUGUGUCUAAUCUAUCUAGUAUUUGCAAAAAAAUAUAUAACCAGUAAAGCGCCAUUUUCAAUUAUGUGUUAGACUACACCCCUCCUCCACAUUUACCUGUAAAUGCUUGAUACACAGUUGACCAUAUUGCAGUCCUAAUUAAACUACACAUAUCUAUAUCCAAGUGUCCCAAGUCACUUCUAGGAGAUCUAAUUUACUGAGCUAUCAUUCAUCUUACUGUAUAUCACUGUGUGUGUUGAUAGCCAUGGCCAGAUAAUUAAAGGGAGACAGUACAGAAGAAUAGAAUUGCAAAUAUUCUAAAUUUGCAGAAGGGGUCAGUUUCCUAGAAGUUUUCACUUGUUCAGUGGAGAGAGACUGCAUCUUGUUGAAGAAUUGGGACCAUUUCAACCUAGAGAAAAAUGCCUAAUACACUACCUAAUAAUUAGAACCUAAAAAAUCUAUAAAAUACAGGUGCUCCACUGUUUUUAUGUUUUGAAAUCAUUUAAUUUAUGAAUUCUUAGUUCCAAGAACAGAUGGUUUGUGAAUAAUUCAGCCCAUAUUGACCAGAAAAUGAUUACAUCAGUUGAUUGAUUGAUCGAUUGAUUAAGACAUAAUUCAUUUUGUUAUCUCCUCCUUCUCUUGUAGUUUAUUUUAAUCCACGACAUAGAGUGACAUCAGCAUUGUGUUGGGCAAUUCCCAUGAAUAGAAACUGACCUGGUCUAAAGGAAUCAUUAACAUUGCCUCAGGACCCAAGUCAUUGGACCUCUUAGUGUAAUUGGGGUUUACAGGACCAAAGUUUACAUUUAGAAUGCAUUGAGCUAUUCAGCAGUGUUGGGUUAUUAUUACCAUAAAAUACUUUUGUCUCUGCCCUACCAUGGGAACACAUGCCAGCUUUAUACUUUAUAUAGAUAGGUAGAAACUUCUUUACUUUUAGAAUGCAUUGAGAUAUUCAACAAUAAUAGAAAUUUCUUUUUGUGGUUGUUCAAUCAAUGUGUGGACAUUAUCUUUUUUUUAGGGGGUGGGGGUGGCAGCUAUUUAACUCUUAAAUUACAAAAAAAAUAUAUAAAGUUAUUUACUAUACAAAUGGACUGGAGUCUUUAUUAUAAAUGUCCUUGGUCUGGUAUCAAGGAAUGAAAAGAAGCAAGUAAAAAAAGUUUGCAUGAAUAUCUGAUGGUAGAUUAUUUUAGAAUAUUAAGUCUUUAAAAUUAAACAUUAAAAUACUUACAGCAAAUGAUAUAUCAACAUAUGGUACAGAGGCACUUAAUUUGUUUGCCAGUUACACAUUAAUAUACAAUUGUUUUUGUUCAUUUUUGUAAAUAAAUACAUUAUACUUUGUUUACUUUGAGUAUUCAAAAGCAAAGAUACAUUAUUAGAAAUAAGCUAUUAUAUAUACAGUAUAUUAACAAUUUUUUUUGUAUUAUAUUUAUUGUUUUUAUAUAAAAUUAUACAUCGAUGCUUUAGAUCUAUGACAAAUGAUUUAAAACCAUAUGCUAAUUAUUUAUGGCGUAAAGUAUCCAUAUUUUUGUCAAUAGCAAAUAAUGAAGUAAAAUUGAAUUUUAAAAAUUUUGAAAAUAUGUGCUUAUGUGAACAAUUAUGUAUUCUUCAUGUUCAUCAGUGUGCUUUCAUAGCAAUAAAAGUUACAGUUCUAGUGGAACUAA